AUGCCUCCUAAAGGACAAUUACAAGCCGUGCAAGUAUUUGGGCGCAAGAAAACUGCAACAGCAGUUGCCCACUGUAAGCGUGGAAGUGGGCUCAUCAAAGUCAUUGGCCGCCCACUGGACCAGAUGGAGCCAGAAAUUCUCAGAGUCAAGCUCCAAGAACCAGUGCUGCUUUUGGGCAAGGACAGAUUUGCUGGAGUGGACAUCCGUGUGAGGGUCAAGGGAGGUGGUCAUGUGGCACAGAUUUAUGCUAUCAGACAAGCCAUCUCCAAGGCUAUCGGAGGACCUGGAGCUCGUGCCAGAUACCAGAAAUCUUACCGUUAA